CAGCAGGAAAUGCAUCUGUUCCUUCCUGCUAACUCAGGGAAAUAGAUUCCAGGAUACUUCUGGGCAACAUCCUCGCAAGAUAACCUCGCCGGGAUAAUAUGCUGCCAUUUUCCCCACCUUCACAUCCUGCGAAACGAAAGCACUUCGCCACAUCCCCGCUCGUCGUUUUUUAUAUUAUACGGCAUGGUGAAAGCACCGGAAACCGGCAAGGUAUUCUCCAGGGCCAACGAGAUUAUCCUUUGACAGACACGGGAAGGCAGCAAGCGCAGGAGACGGGCCGACGGCUUCGGCAAGAUGCAUCUUUACAAGACCUGGAAACAGGGGAUGUCUCUUGCUUCUUUGACCGCAUAUAUUCUAGUGAUUUAACAAGAGCGAAAAAUACCGCCGAGAUAAUCGUCGAGGAACUGACAGGUGGAAAGCGCCAACCAAGCAAGGAUCCUAGUCAUCACGGGAGCAACGACACCAGCAGCAAUACCUGUCAUAACGACGACAAUGCGAAUGACAUUGGACUUGAAAGCCUGCUGACCCUUGACACCGAUCUUAGGGAAAUCUCAGGAGGCGCGCGGGAGGGCCAGCCGCUUGGUCUUUCACUGCAGGAGGCAAUGCGUCGGACGGCUUUGAAGCAGGUG